UCAAAUUGCCAGGGUGACACAAUCUGCGAGAAGGGGGUGUUUUGCCUGGGGGACUUCCCCACGUCUCCCGGCUUAUGUCCGGCUAAAUCGGAGGUUCUGUUUUUCUGACGCACGAUUGGGGACCGACCACUCGCAGCUGUCUGCGUGUCACCUCUUUGCAGAUCACCCCUUGCUACAAGCACGCAGAGCUGCCAGGAAAGGCGGUCAGUGGGCAGCGACAGUGGAGCCCCAGAAGCUUCACGUCCGUCCCCCACUGCUCCCAGGCUCUCGCUCACCUCCAGCCUGGCCGGCUCCAGCCUGGAGUGGGGCUGUGGCCCGGGGCCCGGCCGCCAUCCUUCUGCGCGUUUCUGAUGGCCAUCAUUGUCAGUUUGGUCUCCGCCCCCUUAGUGACCACUGGAAAUCGCCCAGCUUCAUUUGUUUCUUCUUCAUAGUCGCGUUAACUGCGAAUUCACUCACUUAAAGAUCCCACAGAGCAUCCCGGCCAGCGGCGCUGAGCAGCGGGCCGAGCAGCUGCAGGAGGGCGAGCUCGCGCCCGCCCGAGAGAAGCCUGUGGGGCUGGGGCUGGGGCUGGUCAGACGCCAGCACAGGAAGCCCGGCUGAGGGAGGGGGCGAGGCGAAUGCACGCAGCCGCCCACCGCGGGCACUGGUCCGUCGGGGAGGAAGGAGUUCCCAGAGCCGAUCACUGAUUGUUGGAUGGAAUUUCCGUGGCUGAAUAUCAGAUCCAUUUCCCAGAAAGCCACGGGCCCUGAUGCCGGGAGGCCCUGUCUCUGGGUGGGGAUGCUGCCGCGUGAGGCCAGCUCUGAACCCUCAGCCUCUGCCUGAGAGCCGUGCCCCGGGCCCGCCAGCGUUUUGCGUGUGGAGCUACACGGCAGGCGCUACUUCUGGGGACGUGCCCUCCUCCCAUCUUGCCUGGUCCCUGCCUGCCUUUGAAAGGGGAGAAAAAGGCUCGGAAAUGACGCCUUGAGGGCUGGCUGUUCUGACACCCCAAGCUGGGUCCCGCGUUGCCCUGGAGCCUCCCUCACUGCUCUCCCUCUGCGUGUUGAACAGCGACCCUAGCAAGUUCUCCGCUCUGUGGAAUGCAGGCGCCAGGUGACGGAAAAAGCAGCCCACCACCUGAUCAGCGGAGGAGAGGAACGCAUAGGGCUCAGGCGGUCCCGAUGCCAGCGAGACAGCUUGUGCCCCACGGGGGGCCGGGAGGGGGGCUUGGAGAUCAUCUGGGGAUUUCAGGAAAGAACAUUCUCCAGGCACUAAUGCAACGCUGGAUGAGCACAAGGGUCCAGGAGCCCCGCGCCAGGACGCCCGCCAGCACCCCACACAGCCGGGUGCCCCAGGAAAUUCAACUCUCCCAUUUCAAAGACUGCAAGGCCCUUUUCACAAGGAACUCUGCAGCCAUCGCCACGGUCAAUCUUAGAGCACUUCAUCACCCCCAGAGAACCCCUGCUCCCACCCGCAAGCACUCCCCCUUCCCCUCCGCCCCGGAAACCACAGAUCUUUCUGUCCGUAGAGACGUGCUAAUCCUGGACGUUUCACGUAAGUGGAAGGCAUUCCAUUUCUGCCACAGAGCUGUGGCAGAGGCAGAUUCAGAGAUUCCCAGGGGAGGCCCCACAAGCAGCACCCAGAGCCUCCAAUAUCAGGGAUGUUUUUCUAACAAGGACUUGAUGAUAGAGGGAAUGGCUUUUCUCUGCGGUCCCCGAAGAUGUACUUGGAAUAUGAAGUAUUAGAGGCUAUUGCUGCUGUUUGGAUUAUAUUUCAGAGCAUUUGACAAAAAGAUUCUCUUAAUGGCCUCACUCUUGAACAUUGUUGCAAAAUUCAAAUGCUUUUAAAACUUCUGCCCACUUUUUGUUCAUU